AUGUUGUCAGAACGGGAAUUGCUGUCGCGCCUCCCUAGGCCCAUCAGCCAUUUUCUAGGCUAUCGUGCAGAGGCACCGAAGCCACCUCCCAAGUAUCUGGUCCAUUUCUGGUCCUUCAUCGCUGCCUUCGCUGGUCUCUGCACAGUGCAAGCCAUCUUCAACUAUUCGAAAUAUUUCACUGACCGUGGUGUGCCUGGCUUGAUUGCCUCCUAUGGAGCAUCAGCCGUUCUGGUGUACGGCGCCAUUGAAAGCCCGCUUGCUCAACCCCGUGCUCUCAUCUUUGGUCAUUUUCUGAGCGCUUUAGUCGGCCUAUGUGUUACCAAAUUGUUCAGCUUGAUGCCCAAUGAGGCUCGUUUUGAUUCCCUGCGUUGGCUGGCAGGCGCGCUCUCGUCAGCAAUUGCCAUUGUUGUGAUGCAGGUCACAGAGACAACUCAUCCACCUGCUGGUGCUACAGCCCUUCUGCCCGCUCUUGAUGAUGCUGUGUGGGAUAUUUCCUGGUACUAUCUACCAGUGGUACUGCUUUCCUCUACAAUGAUUCUGGCUGUGGCUCUGGUGGUCAAUAAUAUCCAGCGCCGGUACCCUGUGUUCUGGAUAAGCCCACCAAAGCCUGUGGCUGCUCUUCCUCUGCCAAAUGGAAAAUGA